AUGUUUCUGUUUUGCCCUUCCCACUCUCUCUCUCUAUCCCCCUUCACUCUCUCACUCUCUCGCUUCCCAAUCUUUCCUCUUCCUCUUCCAUUCCUUACUCUAAAUCCGACUCAUCCUUGUCAACCCCCUACCCUUACCCUAUUCCUCCAUCUUCUUGCAGUCCACCACCACUUCCAAUCCCCCACCCCCACCGUUCUAGCCCUCCCUAGCGGCAUUUCACGAGACAGAAACGUCCACAAUGUGAUAUGUCUCUCUCAGAUUUUCACGGACAUUAUUAUUUUUCCUUUCGCGGGCAAUUUCUUUCUUUCUUUCUUUCUUUCUUUCUUUCUUUCUUUCUUUCUUUCUUUCUUUCUUUCUUUAUACUCUUCUUUUUCCCCUUCCUUAAACUUUAACUCAUUCAAUUCUUUCUUUCUUUCUUUCUUUCUUUCUUUCUUUCUUUCUUUCUUUCUGGCUUGA